CUAAAAUUAUUUCUAACCUGUGAAAUGAAACAGUUCAUUAACUGCUGCAUUUAAUUUCAAAGCUUUCAUAAUUUAACAUCAUGGAGCUGUCUGGCUCUUUAGCUCCUCCCUCUCCAUACACCUUCCCGUUUUUCCACAAUUUCUCCACGCCGUCUUCCUCUCCCGCCAUCUCUCCAUCACCAAGCCUAGCAUCCACAGCUCUGUUCUGCUCCCUCCUUUCUCUCCUCUCCUUGCUCGGCAUUUUGGGAAACCUGUACACUCUGUGCCUCCUUCUGAGGUGCAGGAGAAGCAGGAGACGACAUGGAGCAGGAAUAACUUGCUGCUGCAUGAGAUUCCCUUUACUCUCCUCCUGCCUCACCAGCUCCUCCUCCCCUUCCUCUUCCCCUGUUUCCUCCUCUUCCUCCUCUCUUCACCUUCAGGUGCUGAGCCUUGCCCUCGCUGACCUGCUCUACCUGUUCACCGCCCCAUUUAUCGUGUACGAUAGUCUGGCAUCUGGCUGGGCUUUUGGUGAACUGGGUUGCCGCCUCCUCCUGAGCUUGGACCUCCUCACUAUGCACGCCUCCAUCUUUACUCUCACCGCCAUGAGUCUGGACCGCUACAGAGCCGUGGCCCAUCCCCUACACAUCUCCUCCUAUAACUCCUCUGGGCUGCUGCGUGUGAGCCUUGCCUGGGGGCUCGCGGUGGCUCUGAGCAUGCCCAUGAUGAUCACCCUGCACCUGGAGGAAGGGGAGGACCAAGAGGGACAGCUGUGUGUUCCAGCAUGGGACGAGCAGAGCUCCAAAGCUUAUCUGAGCGUGCUGUUCUGCACCAGUAUACUUGGACCUGGGCUGGCCAUCGGAGCGCUAUAUGCUACUCUGGGUCGACUUUACUGGGUGUCUCAAACCCAGCCGGCCUGGGCUACUGGGAGCGGCGCUGCUUGCCCUCCACGUGCCCCCAAACCCAAAGUCCUGCUUCUUAUUUUGGGAAUUGUUCUGGCCUUUUGGGCCUGCUUCCUGCCGUUCUGGAUCUGGCAGCUGCUGCCUCUGUACCAGCCUGACAUGCUGCGGACAGUACCAGUGAGCACGCAGGUGACAGUGAACCGUAUCCUUACAGGGCUGACAUAUGGAAACUCCUGUGUGAAUCCAUUCUUCUACACACUCCUGACUGGAAAACGCAGGCACAACAGGCAGACAGUGACAUCAGCAAACCAGCUCUGCCGCAAAAGCAGUCCGCUGCCGUAGUAUGUCUGCAACAGCAGUGUGUGCAUGAGCACAUAUGUGUGAAAAGACUCCGUUUGAAUGCUAUAUGUGGUCCUUAAAACACACAAGAGACUCUGCCUUAUAACGUGCAAUUUAAGAGAAGUAGAAAAUCACAAAGGGAGGAAGAUCACAGCACUUUGUAUGAAUUAUUUGUGAAGAGAUAUUAGUCCCUAUAAGUUUAUCCUAU